GGCGCGGCCAGCUGUCUCUCUCCGCAUUGGGGAGGGGGCGCGCGGCUGCGGUCCCUCUGCAGAGGGCUGCGCGCUCCGAGGCCUCCAGAGCUCCUUGUUGUUUGGGCCCGUGCACCCCGACCUCGGGAGCAGGGCUGGCCCGAGACCGCGACGCUCUGGGUAAGUGGAGGCAGAACCAGAGGCUCUGGGUCAGGAUCGGGUGCACUGAGCCCCUGGUGGGAAGGUGACGGCGACAGACCCGGGGUCCGGGUCACCAGACAGCGAGAGGCGCGGACUGCAAGGUCGCUGGUCCUCAGGCGUCUCCAGGUUGGUCUUUGAAUAAGGGAGAAUUUUAUCCAGGAAAGAGCUUUCAUUCAGAGAGGAAAUUAAAGGAAGAAAUCAUAAGCAGCAGAUGAACAAGGCGUUUGCGUCCUGAAGAAGCCACAGGCAGACACAACUGUGGAGGGAAAGCAGGGCGGACCCCCAGGAGAAACUGGACUUGGCGUGAUAUAUUUGUCACAAAAGGCUUCAGGAGGAAGGGAGAGGACACUUUUCCGAGAAUGAAAGAGUGUAGUGUGAAAAUGGAGAGCAGGGUUUCUGAGAUCCAGAUAGAAACUAAGGAGGAGAAGGCACCAGUAGCUGUUAGUCCUCAGGAAGAGAGGCAGGAGGGAAAAACAGCCACGCUCUGCUUCAAGAGAAGGAAGAAAUCCAACAGGAUGAAGCCUAAAGCUGGUUCCAAGACUGCUGAGGUCACAAAGACGCGUCCCUCUGAAGCUGGGGACUCUGCUCAGGCACAGCCAGCGGGGGCCUGGGCCUCCAUCAGACGCUUGGUGGCACACAGGAAAAGGUCAGAGUCUUCGAGGCAGCAGAAGCCAUCGGAGGCCGACGUGCGGCCUGAGGACGUGGCUCUUCCUAAGAAAAAGGCAAAAUCCAGACUUAGGAUUCCUUGCAUAAGAUUCUCAAGGGGGGCAAAAAGACGUCAUCAUCACUCUAAACUCACAGAAGACUCAGACUACAACAGCAGAGUCCAGGGAGGAGCUGACGAUUUGGAGAUAAAAACCCAGACCCAAUCAGCUGACCAGGUGAUCCAGGCUAAGUCCACCCCGGGCCGCCAGGAAGGCGUGUUGGUGGAAGAUGGUAAGGAGGUCCAAGAGUCACGUGUGACCAACAGCGUCACAGCUAGAGAGAACACGGUGUCCGUGGACCUGGAAUUAGAAAGUGAGUCUGCCGCUGUUCAGAUGGGCACUCCAGUGCUGGAAAAGGAACGGGAAGUGAGCGCGGAAAAGCAAAGCGUACAAGCGCAGCAGCAAGCAAGUCCACUUGAGAGUUCGGAAGCCGGUAGCCCUCGUCCCGUGGCCUCUGACACCCCUGCCUCACCAGCAACCGAGUAUCAACGCAGUGUGGAAGAACCCAGAGGCGGCAUCCAAGAAAGUGUUCCAAGUGGGCAGGAUGACCGAAGUAGACAGGGUGCUGCCCAAGAAGAGAAAUCAGGAGAAAUUAUGCUGGGCCCAGCAGAAGAAACCACAGGGGUCCAGGCAGAGGCGGCUGCUGUCAGCCAGGCAGACAAAAGUGCAGUGGCCCAGGCCAAAGAAGGUAAACCGAGUCAGGCAGAGGAAACUGCUGUCAGCCAGGCAGACAAAAGUGCAGUGGCCCAGGCCGAAGAAGGUAAACUGAUUCAGGCAGAGGAAACUGCUGUCAGCCAGGCAGACAAGAGUGCAGUGGCCCAGGCCAAAGAAGGUAAACCGAGUCAGGCAGAGGAAACUGCUGUCAGCCAGGCAGACAAGAGUGCAGUGGCCCAGGCCAAAGAAGGUAAACCGAGUCAGGCAGAGGAAACUGCUGUCAGCCAGGCAGACAAGAGUGCAGUGGCCCAGGCCAAAGAAGGUAAACCGAGUCAGGCAGAGGAAACUGCUGUCAGCCAGGCAGACAAGAGUGCAGUGGCCCAGGCCAAAGAAGGUAAACCGAGUCAGGCAGAGGAAACUGCUGUUAGCCAGACAGACAAAAGUGCAGUGGCCCAGGCCAAAGAAGGUAAACUGAGUCAGGCAGAGGAAACUGCUGUCAGCCAGGCAGACAAAAGUGCAGUGGCCCAGGCAGUGGAAGCCACAGUGACCCAGGAAGAGGAAGCCACAUUGUCCCAGCAAGAGGAAGCCGCAUUGUCUCUGGAAGAGGAAGCCACAGUGGCCCAGGAAGAGGAAGCCGCAGUGGCCCAGACACAGGAAGGCGCAGUGUCCCAGGAAGAGGAAGCUGCAGUGUCCCAAGCACCAGAUCUGAAAGAAAAUGGAAUUGAUACAGAGAAACCCAGAUCAGAAGAAAGCAAAAGAAUGGAGCCAAUUGCUAUUAUCAUUACAGACACUGAAAUCAGUGAAUUUGAUGUUAAGAAAUCUAAAAAUGUCCCCAAGCAAUUCCUAAUUUCAAUGGAAAAUGAGCAGGUAGGGGUUUUUGCUAAUGAUAGUGAUUUCGAAGGGAGAACUUCAGAACAGUAUGAAACACUCUUAAUAGAAACAGCCUCUUCUCUCGUCAAGAAUGCUAUCCAGUUGUCUGUAGAGCAGCUGGUUAAUGAAAUGGUUUCCGAGGAUAAUAAAAUAAAUACUCUGUUACAGUGACUUCAUUUCCAGAUCACGGGAAAGGAAAACAACAACAACCCAAAACUUAAAGAUGAAUUAUUUUAUACAUCUGUGGCGCUUCUUUCUCAGUAAUCAAUUAGAGGCUUGUUGUCUGGAAUUGAAAGGUGCAAUUCCAGCCCAGAAGUGCUAAAGAACAAAUGAAGUCUACGGAACUCGUUGAAACAGUCACUUCUGGACUGGAGGGAGUCAGCGCACACCACAGGGUGCCGUGACACACAGGGAGGUGCAGAGAUGCCAGGCUGCCGGAGGACGAGCCCAGUGCUCUUGAGGGAAGACUGUUUACUGAGCACGCGGUAUGCUGUAUGCUUCUUGCUGUUCCCUAGUGUCACAGAGCCUGGACUUUUCUGAUGGUUCAACCCUGUGUCUAGGCGAAUGUUUUUCUUUCACAGUGUAUUUCCCUGUUGUUUCUAAGGGCGAACGGGUGAAUGGGUUUCUAGCCCCGCACAAGUUCCUUACGGAAGCCAUUCACAAGUUCCUUCGUCCAGGCAAAUUGUGAACAAGGGUGUAAGUGUGCAAAUGGGGAGUGCGUUUUCUUCCCUCCCCUUCUUCCUUCCGCCCAGCAGACCUGUAUAGACCCAUCUCCGUGAGGACCUACCUGCUGAGACGACCUUAGAAACAAAUAAAUGAAGGGAAUAGUAGUUUUCAUCCAGAAGGCAAACUUCCCAGAUAACAGAGAAUUCCCUUAGCAAGAAAACUGUAAUACUCUUGUGAAAACGCUUCUUGGCCAAACAUGAACUAUGUAUACAACUGAAUUUAAAAAACAAAAAAAUCAAAAUUCAUGCUGAUGCAUAGAUUUUCAACACCGGCGUUUUUUUCAUUGUGUCUAGCCAUGGUACUGUAACACAGUUCCCAGCCCCACGGGUCAGGGUUCCUAUUGUACAGCACUCCUCACCACCCCUCUAUCUAACCAAGAGAGGAUGUUACUACUUGUUCCUGCUGAGGCCAGACAGCGGGUAUGAUGGCUGUUGAAGCGCGCCCUCUGGAGGACGAGCACCAGUGAUGUUCAUCCGCUCUGCAUUUGCAGUGAUUAUGGACUGCAUAUGUAUACAUCGAUUUCCCCUAUGCUUUCAUUUUGUAAAUACAUAUUGUGAUCUCUUACAGAAGUAACUAACGUGGCUUUGGAAUUUAACCAAGUGGUGGAUGUUUAGCAAGAUUCUUGGCUGGAAUGUGAAAAUAUUUUCUUCAGGCUUGCCUGUCUUUGUGUUUUCAAUGGGUGAUGGGGGCAUCAUUCAAUUUAGCAAGAUAAAAACACCCCCCAAUGCAUUUUUUUUAAUUGUGUACCUACCUUUUUAGACAUAAAACCAAAAAAUCACUGCUAAAUCAUCUUUGAGAGAAUACUUUUAACUCACAAUGUAUGGUGCUAAUAGACUUGUAUAGCUGCCAGCAAAUAUGUUUAAAAUGAACAGUUUUAAAUGCCUGAUUAAGGUUGAUGCACUUUGCAGCAUUUUAAAUAAUCCUGUAUCUAUUUAUUAUAAGAAUGUCUCCAAGCCAAUAUACUUACAUUAAAGUUUCUAAUAAUAUCUUAUGAAUGAGAAAGCUAUAAAAUACACAGCAUUUAGCAAUUAUCAAGAGUAUUUUGGAUUUGGGGAUUUUAAAAAACAGACACAAAGUAAAUAUGUAAUUUUGGGGGUAAGAAAAUAGUCCCAAGUUUCAAGUUUUGGA